AACGAAUCAGAAACGUCAAACUUUCGUUCGCUUCUCCCGCUGCGUCUUUACCGACAGUUGUGCAAAAAGUACAAAAUUUUAUACAGAAAAUCUUGCACAAAUUAUUAUUUGGCAAGAAAACCCAAAAUUUUACCAUUGAAAAUCGGUUGUUGUACACCAGCCAUUUCAGAUGUUGUCUGAGGAAGAGGCGGCAAUGGACUACGAUGAGUUGACAUUGAAUCCAUUGCUGGCAGAAAUUGAGGCCGAAACUGAUUUGGACUCGAAAAAAGAGAAACAACGCCGCUAUUGGACGCCGAAGGAGGAGCAGCGUUUCUUUGAGAUUUGGGGACGUGAUAAUUGGCGUUUAACGCGACACGGAAAGAAUACAAUUUUCUUUGCACAAUGGGCGGUUGAAUUGAAGGAUCGCUUUGAUAUAGAAGUGAAACCGGAGGAGAUACAAGCGAAAGUUAAUCAGACGCGCGCUAAAUUUAGACAAGUUAAGAAGCAAAUAGCUGCUGACAAGAAUGCCGCACGUUGGAAAAAGUUUGCCAUUAUCGAUAAAAUUCUCAAGAAUCAAUAUCGCCCUAAAGAUGCCGAACCUGUACCGAAGGAGGCAUUGGAAAAUAAUCGUGAUAUUGAUUUGAGCGAAGUAGCGUCGCCGCCCUCGCCACCACGUUCAGGACGACAGUCUUCACCCAAUAGUAUUACAUCGAGUUCCAACACACAAGAAGCGACCAAUAAUGCUGCGUCUAUGGAAAAUAACAACACGUCGCUGUCGUUAGAUGUGACGGCCAACACUGAAGACAUCGAUAUCAAGAGUGAAUUCCUUGCUGAGUCCAGCAUCACCACUUCACUGUUCAAUGCGAGCACCGAGCUCUUCAGCGACCCAAUUGACGAGGUAAAAGCCGAAUACUCCAGUGAUUUUCACAAUUUUGGCAAUUAUCCACAGCCAAAUCACUUCGAAACGCAGCCACCAACUCAAGAUGACGACGACGAGGAGCCACAAUUACAUACACUACAAACACCACAACAAUUGUUAGAGGAACAACAGCAAAAGCAGCAGCAACAACAACUGCAACAACAAUACCAGCAGUAUCCACCAACAUCUACAACGGCGCCACCGCCGGACACAACAACAACAAAUACACAACAACUACAAACUGGCUAUGAACAUAGUAAUACAUACGCCAAUCAAAAUCAUUAUGCGGCAACAACUACACCAGCGCCAACGACAGCUUCAUCAUCUACCGCUAAUACGGCCUAUAAUAGUCAAUACGCCGGCAACAAUAACCAUAGCAACAACAGUGCAAGUGGUAGUGGUGCAGCAAUGCAACCACCAGCACAGGGACUUGGACGCGGUGCUCCCGGACAACCGCGUCGACGACGCACAUCACACGCCAAUAACGUGCUGGUGGCUGCACAGGGUGGCGGAGAAUCUUUAGAAUCUAUGUACCUAAAUGAGGUGCGUAAAAAGAAUAUUCUACUGGCGGAGCAGUUGGAAAUCGCACGCAAGCGUAUGCAAUUGGAGGAGCGUAAGGUGAAUCUGUUGGAACGUUUCUUUCCACAAUGUCUGGAGAUGCAGGAACAAAUACUUGGGAAACUCAAUAGCAAUACUUAAAGUGGUGUGCACAUAACGAUAUAAGGUAUUAUGUGGCGUGGAAAUGCAUAUGAGAGUUUUUAAAAUAAGCUAAAGAAUUAAGUGAAAUUGAAGCAAAUGGUAGGGAUGUGUUUAGUGCAAGUAAUUCUACGAUUUUAAUUCAACAUAAUUUCGCAUAAAAUGAUUAUUGCAGCAGCGCUACUUCUCGAGAGAGUGUCUCGAGCUAAAGAAUUAAGUGAAAUUGCAGCAAAUGGUAGGGAUGAGUUUAGUGCAUCUGAUUCUACGAUUUUAAUUCAACAUAAUUUCGCAUAAAAUGAUUACGUCGAGAGAGUGUGUCGUAAAAUGCAAAAAUCCGCGUAUUUUGCUAAAUUAAUUAAGUAAUAAUUAGUUGCUAAUUUUGAUUUGGCCAUUCAAAAUACAACAUAGUUUUAAAUUUAUUUUACGCUAUAUUCUCCACAAUAAUAGAAGAAGCGCAAAAUUGUAAAUCUCCACUUUCGGUACCAGUAAUUCUUAGUAUUUUUCUAAAAAAAAAAAAAACAAAAACAAAAUAAUGCAUGUAUACAAAGUAUUUACACCAAGCUAUGUUUAUGUUAGUUUGUAAAAAAGUUUAGAAAUCUUUACGUGUGUUAAAUUAAUAUUAACUAAACGCGCGCUAAUUCUCUACAGUUGCUAUCUACAAAAUAAUAAUUUUUUAAAUGAUUUUUAAAUAAUUGAAAAAACAAAAACAUUUCGUAAAAUUUUCAACGAAUUCGGUUUAAUAUUUUAAAGAAACAAACGACGGUGUGCUAUUAAGAAAUUAAUAAGAUUUUAACACCUUUGUUGGUAUAUUUUUAUUCAAAAUUUCAUAAAAUAAUGUGCACUGACAGAGUUUAAAAGAGAAAUAAUGCAAUAUUCAUUAACUAAUUAAUUGCCACUAAGCGUAGAUCAAAAGUUUGUAAAAAAUAAAUCAUAUUUAAAAUCCUCUAACAUCAUGUUUAGUAAUAGAAAAGCAAAAACAAAAACAAAACUAUAUAGAUACAUAUAUGACUAGGAGUGAAAAGUUGCAAGCUGAAAGUUGCGUACAAUUAUCGUAGAAUAAUCUACCGCGAAAUAUGAAGCCGGCAAGCAAGUGCAUAUGUACUAAAAGUGGAAUGUGAAAUUGACUCAUGCAAUUGUUUGUCAGUUUGUAUGGCAAUUGUGCGUAAUAGUAGAUAGGUGAUAAGUCCAGUUAAUAAACAUGAUUUCACAUUUGUAACACCACUAAAAUAACAAAAAAAAAACAAAGCAAAUUAAGAAAUGAAAUAAAGUUAAAUGAUUUUUAAUGGUAAACAA